AUGGGCAGGCUCGUCCGGAGCCGGGUGAAAAAGUACAGCGCGCGCGGCUCCGUCCGCCCGCCAUUGUGGCGUGCAGGCGGCGGUCGGCGUCAGACGGCGGGGUCGCGGUGCGAGCGGUACACGGAGGCGCGACGACGCGACGCGUCCAUUGCCGCGCGGUCGACGACGCGCCGGGGCGGCAAUGGACGCCGCGCCGGCGGUUAUUUUCCACGCGCGGGAACGCGUCACCGCACCGCGGUAAGCGGGCGGCCGCCGGACGCCGACGGGACGCGGGGCGCGGGGAGGGAAGGGGGACCCAAGCCGGCGCGCGGCAAAUCGAACGAGGCCACGCGCGGCGCGAGGGGGGUGGGGGCGCAC